AAUAUGAUGAGUUGUUUUCAAGUUCAAGCAACGAGACUCAGAUUUUGUCGGAAACGAAACAAACGUACGGCGAAGAAAUGGGGAUAGUGGCCGGGAUCGGAGUUCUGUUGCCAUUUCCGUUCUACUGGUGGCUAUGGACGAAUCCUCAGUCAUGGGUCAAUCUCUGCGGCCGAGGAAGAGACCCAUCGACGAUGAUGGCGCGUGUAUCUCACGUCCUCAAAGCUGCCCAACUCCUCUCUCUCUUCUCCGUUGCUUCUCUCUCCUGGCCGCCUCCGCUCUACUUCUGGCCCCUAAUGGCCUUUGGCCAGUUUCUCAACUUCAGGGUAUAUCAACUGUUAGGUGAAGCUGGAACAUAUUACGGUGUUCGAUUCGGGAAGAGCAUACCUUGGGUGACAGAGUUCCCAUUUGGUGUUAUUAGAGACCCGCAGUAUGUUGGGAGUGUCAUGUCUCUAGUGGCAUGCCUCUCUUGGGUUCCAUUCCAAUACAUUCUCCUCUGGUCUCUCGGUUACGUUUUCAUGAUGUUUCUGGAAUCAAAGGAGGAUCCAAAUGCUCGCGCCAAAUCCGUCUCACCAUAAUAAUCCACUAGUUAGAAAAGAAGCUCAACUCCCAAACUCAGGUCUAGUUUGAUUUCUUUUUUAUGAGUCUGUCUUCUCUGUUUUGUAAGCAAACUGAUUUUACACUCUUCCUUCCUUUUCUCCCUGUUUUUGGUAAUCUAUAGAAUUGUUGAACCAAGCGCAACUAUGAGAUAAGCAAUGAUAACCUUCCCUUUUAAAUUA